CCUCCUCCUCCUCCUCCUCCUCCUCCUCCUCUUCUUCUUCUUCUUCUUCCUAUCUUCUUGCACUCUCCUCCUCACACUCCUCCUCCCUCCUCCUACCCUCCUCCUCCUGGGCAGAAUGGCUGAACCCCCCUCCCUCCCGCUCUCGCCCUCGUCACCCUCAUCGCCCACUCCAGCCCUCGAUGCUGUUCUACCCGCUGACCUCCGGCUCGAGCUCGACUCCCUCGACUCCUACUCUUUCGACUACUCCACCGCCCGCUUCACCUCCUAUGACUGCUGGCACAUCCGCGGUAUCCACUCCGCCGUCACCGACAUCCCCAUCAUGGCCCGCGUCUCGCCCUCCCAGCGCUCGCUCAGACUCGAGCAGGAAUACACCGUCGUCCGCCAUCUGCAGCGCGUCGACCCUUCCUUCACCCACUUCAUUCGCGCUUUCGAGUUCUUCCACCUCCGCAAAACUGGCGCCGUCGUCUCCAUAUUCGAAUACCUCGGCGAGAACGCGCUCGUCGACUUCUCCACCGCCAUGACUUCCACAGACUACGUCGCCGACGACAACCACGAGCUCUCCUCCUCGCUCGCUGCCGCCGCGGCACCAAAGCUUGUUAUCACCCUCCCGCAGUUCCUUGACUUUGCCAUCGCGGCCGCAGAGUGUCUCGAGGUCCUGCACUCCGCGCACGGCAUGAUCCACGGCGAAAUCAGAGACGACGCAUUCCUCUACAAUCCCGAGUCCCAUGUCGUCAAAAUCAUCCACCUCGGCUCCAGCACCCAUGGUGCUCAGUCCAGGGCGUCCUUCUCCUCUGACUCUAUCCACGACAUCUUUGUCAACGCUACCCUCAGCUCCAAAUACGUCUACAUGUCCCCCGAGCAGACCGGUCGUGCUUCAACUACCAUCGACCACCGCACCGAUAUCUACUCCCUCGGCAUCGUCUUCUACUCGCUCCUCACCAGCAGACUGCCCUACUACGGCUCCGCAAUGGACAUCGUCCACCAGAUCCUGCACUCCCCCGUUCCCUCCAUCGAGUCCAUCCGGCCCGACAUCCCCACUGUCAUCAACUCCAUCAUCCAGAAAAUGACCUCAAAGCAAGCCAGCAACCGGUACCGCUCUGCCGGCGGCCUGCGCUGCGAUCUCCAGAGAGUGCAGGAAAUGGUCCGGAGUUUUAACGAUUCAGAGCUCCUGGGCGAGGAAUUCGAGCUCGGCAAGAACGAUAUCUCGGCCGUCUUCUCCCUGCCGCUCGAUAUGAUUGGCAGAACGGCCGAGCUCGAGACCGUCAUGACUGUCAUCCGCAAGUUUGCCAAGCGCAGGUCGUCCACGCAUCAUCCCGGUGACUCUAACUCUCUCUCGGGAACCCGAAAUCGUGCCUCGUCAAGUAGUAACCUCGGGUACUCUGAAACUACUCUCAGCAUCUCUGGCACCGAUCUCAGCGACGCAGAGUCUUCCUCCACAAGCGUUUCUUCCUCCAGACGGAGUAAUCCGUCAAUGUCCACCUCCGGCUCCACCCGCAAGCAGAACCGUCACGGGACCGAGGUCGUUGCUAUUCGCGGCUACGCCGGCAUAGGCAAGACAAUGCUGGUCACUGCUCUGCAGUCUGGCGCUCGAAAGUAUGGACUCUACGCUCGAAGCACGGCAAAGCCAAAGCUGAGAUCACCAUUCGGGCCCCUCGUCUCGCUUCUGUCGAAUCUACUGCAGCAAGUUCUGAGCGAGAAACCCGACGUCGUGCAUUCGUUCCACAACGUGCUGCGGACAAAACUGGGUACGCAAUGGCACAAGAUGCGGCGCAUGUCCUCCGCCAUCCCGGAACUCAAGCUGCUCAUGGAGAUCGAGCGCAGACAAAAGGCCGGCUUGAACCCGUCGCAGGAGCUCCUGCAGAUUGCCGAAGAGGAACCGAAAUCUGCGUCGCCUCAAUGGCCGGGUGAGCCACAUGCGAGUUCUAGCCUGCAGCAGGGAUUCGGGUCUGAAUCUGUAGGGACGCAUUCUGAUGAUGCGACGUCGAACGCGGGGAGUAGUACCCGGCACGCCUCUGUCAAUUCGUCCAUGAUGAGCAUCGGCGCCAGCUCUACAACCGCCUUCCAGCACCCUGGGGAGAAAUCUGGCGGUCUUCCAGACUGGCUUUUGAAGAAUGCCGCCGGGAGCAACAUGCUCGUCGCCUCAUUCGUGCUGCAGCUGUUUCGAAUCCUGGCCGAUACUUUCAAUCUCACUAUCGUCAUUGGCGAUCUCCACUCCGCCGAUGAUGAGACGGUCGAGGUGCUGCAGGCAAUGAUCCAGUCGCGUAUCGACAUGGUCCUCAUCAUCACCUUCCGCGACGGCUCCAAGUUGCCUCGUCCCAUGCAGGAGUUUAUCGACAGCGACUACUCACGCCUCACCAAAGUGAUGAUCAAGCCGCUUAACCGGCAGGGCGUCGAGCAGUACAUCGCGCAGACAAUGCAUUGCGAGCCAUCAGCUAUCACAGAGCUCACGGGGUUUAUCUACGAAAACUCAAAGGGAAAUCCGCUCGUGCUCUCAGAGUCUCUCAAGGCACUUCACAAGAGCGGCGCGAUCCGCUUCAGCACUCGUCGAAGAAGAUGGGUCUACGAAAGUAUGGACCUGGUCCGGUCCGCCUACGUUGACUUCCUCGCCACGACCGAGCUCGAUCCGUCAUUCGUUCUGCGCCGGUUCCGCGACUUUCCAAAACGCACUCGCAACUUUAUGAUCUGGGCCUCUCUACUCGGCAGCCCGUUCUCCUACCGCCUCGUGCAGACACUCAUGCAAAUGCCAGACGGCCUGUCUUCCAGUGACUCAGGCGACUCUGCCGCUGCUGCCAAUAGCGGCGUCACUUUGGUCGAGUCUGAUAAUAAGGCAAUGUCUAGCUUGCAGACUUUGAUCCAGGCGGGGAUUAUCGUACCUUCGGAGGAGUCUGAGGAUAGUUUCAAGUUUUCGCAUGCUCGGUAUGCGCAGGCGGCUCAGGAACUUGUUCGCACUGAGAAUUUGGCAUCGAUGAAUUUAUUGCUUGCCGACAAGUUGAUGAAGGAUGAAAAUCACUCGGCGUUCUUCGUAGCUGAACAUCUGCUAAACGCUCUUCCACUCAUCCGGGACAGACCCUACCGGAGACCCUAUCGUCAAGAAUUCAUCAAAGCAGCAAAGGAGGCUGAUGAAAUGGGUUCGCUGGUACGAGCGCAGGAGUUGUUUAGCGCGGCGAUCCAGCUGCUGCACCCCGACUGCUGGAACGAAGACGAGGCAGACGUCGAUUACAACGAGACCUUUGAUGCGUACUAUGGCCUCGCUCAGGCGUAUUUCUACGGAGGAAAGCCAGAGGAGACGUAUAAGCUGGUGAAAAUGCUUACAGCCAACAUCAAAACGCGGCAAGACCGGGCGCGGUGCGAUCGAAUGGUUUUGAGGGUGAAUUACCUGCGUGGAGAGUACGAAGCGACCAGUUCGAUGGUCGUGCCGUCGAUGCUCUUCCUAGGCGUGACGACGGAGAAGGAGUUUGCGGGUAUGGCGCGCACGGAGAGGUUUUGGGAGUUUUAUAAGCGGAUCGAGAAUAGCACGGACGAAGAGCUGCUGCAUCCGAAACGGACAGAGGAUCCGAUCGUGGUUGCCGCCGAGGAUUUCCUGGGUGCGGCGAUCAUGGUGAUUUACAUGGGCUCGCCGGAUUUCUUUUAUCAGACCGCGAUGCUGAUUAUGCAUCUCGAACUGAACGUCGGCUCGGAUGAUAACCUCUGCCGAGCGUAUAUUUUCCUUGCGAUGGUUGCGAUUAUGAAAUUCCAGAUGUUUCACUUUGCGCAAAAGCUGCGCAGGAUCGCACAUAUCUUGAUGCCCCAGGUCGCGGACUCGUCGAUCGUCUGCCGAGCAAUGUACUACGACGUCGCGUAUCUCGACCACAUCUUCAAUCACUACCAGAACGGGUACUCGAUGCUCUCGCCAAUCUUCCAGCACGCGGUCGCGGCAGGUGACCGGAUCCUUGUGUUGCAGCUGCAGGCCACCGAGCUUAAGUUUAUGUUUUAUGCGUUCAAGGACUUGCGCACGGUCGCGAAUCGCGCAAAGAAAGUGCUGGCGGAAACGGACCCGGCUUAUAACAUGUCUGACGCAAUCAUCUGCAUCCGCGCGAUCUAUCAGACAAUCAUGGCGUUGACUAAUAAAGUCGGCUCGAGCGACCCCAAGGCGAUUCUGUCGACUGAUGAUUUCGAUGCGGUCGCGUACCAGGAGCAAUUGCUCGAGCGUCCGAUUACUUCUGCUACAGUUGUCCAUCUGUGCUUCUACAUCAUCACGCUCUUUCUCUACGGCCACUUUGAAGAAAUCCAAACCGUCGCCGCAAAGUUCCUGCUAGCCGGCGAGAAUUGGCAGACUUUCCACUGCACCCGAGAAUCGCACUACGCGUGGUUCUUUAUGUGUCUGGCGAUGGUCAAGCUGCUGCAGACAGACUCGGUCUCGGCCGAUCGGCGCGAGUAUCUGCUGGCUAGGAUUAAGGACGUGCAGGCGCGCAUGGAAGAGUGGGCUGUUAUCUCGGAUGUGAAUCAUUCUAGUUGGCGCAAGACUAUUCAGAUGGCCCUCGCUGACUUACGAGGUGACGUUGAAGAAGUAAUGGUUCUCUACGAAGAGAUUGUGCCGCACUGCGUCGCUCACGAGACGGCGAUCGAGCUCGCGGUCGCGCACUUGGUCGCCGGCUCGAUCUCCAUCAAACGCAAGAUGAAGAUCGUGGGCGGCUCAAUCAUGCGCGAAGGCAUCACGAUUCUCGAAAACUGCGGCGCGGUCGGCGUCGUCCAGCGGUUCACGUCGCUGUAUCCGGAGAUGUAUAGCUCUCCCCGGACGAUGGCGAUGAAGAGUACCGGCGUGCAGACUACCGCGCUUGACGGCGGGUAUCUCGAAAAAAGCCCGAUCGACGCUGUUGAGAACGAGAUGGCGGUCGCGGAGGUGGGAGAGGUGCGGCGCGUGAGUCGCAGUCAUACCUUCCCUCUUCCGGCGAACGUGCCGCUUGAAGACGACGAGCGCGCAGAUCUGCACGAUUGGCAAGCUAGAACAGACCGAGACGUUGAGCGGGAUCAGUCUAGCAUGACGCUGGAUAUCCUGGAUCUGACCUCGAUUAUCAAGAGCGGACUGGUUAUCUCGAGCGAGAUCAAUAUCGACACGCUGCUGAGCAAGAUGAUUGAGAUCUUCAUCAGCACGACGCGCGCUGAGAUCGCGGCCGUGAUCACGAACGAGGACGCAAAGAUCCGGAUUGCGGCGAUGGGCACGGUGACCAAGAUUGAGUCGUUCACAGCGCCGGAGAAGUCGCUCGAGAGCUUCGAGAAGAUGGUGUUUGUCCCGCCGAUCUCGUUUGUGUUUAAUACGAACGAGCCUGUGAUUCUCGGAAACGCGAUCGAAGACGACAGGUUCGCUGGCUCGCGAACGUCGUGGAGCGACGCGCAUCCCGAGGGAAGGAGUAUUCUCGUCUACCCCAUCCGUCACAAGAACCUGAUCGUCGGCGUGCUCUACCUCGAGGCCGCGCCGCAUUCGUUCAACACGCGUCAUCUGGAGGUGAUCUCUCUGCUGUCGCAGCAGAUGGGCAUUUCGAUCACCAACGCGCGGCUGUUUAAGAAUAUCCGCAAGGCAACGAUGGCGAACGCGAUGAUGAUCGAGUCGCAGAACGCGGCGCUCAAGGCCGCGCGCGAGUCCGAGGCGCGGUUCGUGGCCACGCUCGAGACUAUUCCUUGUAUCAUCUGGAUCGCUGAUGUGCCCGACAACAGCGGCGAGGGAGGCAGCGAGGUGCCGCCGCUCGAGUACCUGAAUUACUUUUGGUACAAGCUGUGCGGGAAGGACGCGCCGGGGCCGGCGAAUAACGCGUACUUGCAGCAGAUCCAUGAGGAUGACCGCGGCGUGUUUACGAGCGCGUUGCGGAACGCUGCGGGUGGCGCGUAUGAGACUAUCGAGAUCCGGAUCCGGAAUGAGAAGGGCGAGUAUCGCUGGCACGUGUGCCGCGGUACACCUUUGAAGGACGAGGACGGCACAAUCACAAAGUGGAUUGGCGCGAUGGUCGAUAUCGACGACCAGCGACGGGCGCAGGACGACGCGCUGAAGGCGAUGCGGUUGAAGGAGGAGGCGUCGCGGAUGAAGUCCGAGUUCCUGGCCAAUAUGUCUCACGAGAUCCGGACGCCGAUCGCGGGAGUUAUCGGCAUGAGCGAUUUGUUGCUGAGUACGGAGCUGUUGACGCACCAGCGGGAGUUUGCGGAUAACAUUCGGCUGUGUGCGGACGCGCUGUUGUCGGUGAUCACGGACGUGCUCGAUUUCAGCAAGAUCGAAGUCGGCAAGCUGGAGCUGAGCAUGGAGGCGUUUGAUGUCGAGACGGUGCUGAAGGAAACGCUCAGUAUUCUGUCGUUUCCCGCGGCGAAGAAAGGGCUGCGGCUGGUGGACGAGAUUCGAUUCUCAAAGACGCCGAUGCCGCUUGUUAUAGGCGACGCGGGAAGGUUCCGGCAGAUUGCGAUGAACCUUUUGACGAACGCGGUCAAGUUUUCGCGGCAGGGUCAGAUCACGCUUAUGGCGCGGGACGGAGUGGAGACGACCGAGACGAUUGAAGUCAACGUACGGAUUUCAGACACCGGAAUCGGCAUCUCGAAACCGGUGUUGUCGAAGCUGUUUGUGCCGUUCCAGCAGGGCGAUAAUUCGACUGCGCGCCAGUUUGGCGGGACCGGGCUCGGGCUGUCGAUCAGCAAGAACUUGGUCGAGCUGAUGAACGGUACUAUCAGGCUUGAGUCUGAGUACGGCAAGGGUACUGUCGCGUCCUUCACCGUGCCGUUCCGGAAGGCGCCGCCAGAGGCGAUUGCGGCUGCGGAGGCUGCUGUCGGCGAAGGUGGUGGACGGAGUAGGCAGUGCAGCGAGGGUGGCAGGAAGAGCGGUGAUGUGGUGUCGUGGGAGUCCGGCGGAUUCGCGCACUGCGCAGAGAUGCCGCCCACGCCCGGCUCUUCGGGCCCUAUUACUCCGCCUAGCGAGUAUCCGUUAUCAUCCACAACAGCAGGUGUUGACUAUCAAAGGCCGCGGGGAAGCGUGAGUUCGAUUGCGACGAGCACGUAUUCUUCGUCGCCGACGCUGGUGUCGCCGUUGUUGAUUUCGAGGGCGUCGAAUACAAGCGCUAUAAGUGAUGCGGAGUCGAUUAGUAGUAAUGCGACGGCUGCGGUUGAUAAUGGUGCUGCGUGGAUUUUAGUCGUUGAAGAUAAUCUGAUCAACCAGCAGAUUGCGCUGAAUAUUUUGAAGAGGUUGAAAUUCAAUGUUGAAGCGGUCGGGAAUGGACAGGAAGCGUUGAUUGCGCUUGAUCGACGGGUUGCGAAUGGGCAGUACUUUGAGUUGAUUUUGAUGGAUUGUCAGAUGCCAUUAAUGGACGGCUACGGUAUGUUUCCGUCUCUCUAUUUCUUGAUUCGAUCUGAAGAACUGGACUAACAAAGUAAUAUAGAAGCGACACGCCGCAUAAGAAAGCACGGCAACGAGCGGAUUGCGCGGUUGCCGGUGAUUGCGAUGACUGCAAACGCGGUGACGGGCGAUCGAGAAAAGUGCUUGGAAGCCGGGAUGUCCGAUUAUCUUGCAAAGCCGGUGAAGAGGAAGGUGUUGGAGGAGGUUAUUGCGCGGUGGAUCGGGCGGGAUGAGUGAUGGUGAUGAUGUUUAGUGUGUACUAUAUAGAGGGUUUCUGUUCAGUGGUAUUUAUGCGAGUAAAAUCUAAUGCUUUUAUCAUGGUAAUAAGAGAAGUAGGAGGAGUAGUUGUCUGUUGAGGAUAAAGGGAAUAUUUUGGAUUUGCCGAGCGCGAACCGAGGCGCGGCGGCGUUGGGAGAAAUAAAAUGAAAUGCGGGUG